CCGAAGCAUAAUCUCCAGCCUACAAAUCUGCGGCCGAUGUCGGCGGCAAUUGCUCACAACUCACUGAGUCACAACUCACAAGCACCGCAGACCGCACCAAGAAUUCAACCAACCAACCAACGAUGUCGUCGGCAGAGGACUACCCGACGCACCCAUGGCAGGCGCGCGGCGGCGGCGCGCUGUUCGCCGGGCAGGGCAGCGCGCUGGUGUUCGCGUCGUACCCGGUGCUUCUGCUCCUCGUGCUCCUCUCCGCGUUCAUUAGGUACGUGUGGGUCGCACUCGCGCUCUACUGCGCGGCCAUGUUCGUGCUCUCCUGCGCCGGCCGCGUCUUUGCUGGGCCGGUGGUGUUUUCGGAGACGGCCAUCGAGCGGGGCGGCCUGUCGCCGGCUGCCAUGGCGGAGAUCCCGGCGUUCGUUUACGGUGCCGCUGCCGACGGCGAGGCCGAGUGUGCUGUGUGCAUAGAGACUCUGCGAGGCGGCGAGACGGCGCGGCGGCUGCCGGUGUGCGCGCACACGUUCCACGUGGGGUGCAUUGACAUGUGGUUCGACUCGCACGCGACCUGCCCCGUCUGCCGGUGCCACAUAGAGCCGCACAAGGGAGGGAAGAUGGCGCCGUUGCCGCCAGAGCCGCCGUUGCCGCCGGUGUAAUUGGUGGCGGCUGCAGCACGGCUGUGCGUUCAAGAUACAAGAUUGCACAUACACAGAUUCCAUUCGGAGUGUCAUCUUUGCUGCCCAGCUGAUUAUCUCCUAAUCAGUGAUACACUUGUCCUGUACAUGGUUAUGCUAGCAUCCUACUAAUCUUUGUCAAAUCUCCAUCAGAACAUUUUUCUGAACUCUUUAACUAUGGUUCGGAAAGAGGAAAAAUAUUAUGAACACUAUACGUA